AUGGAGCUGAGCCACUUUCUUGGCGAGGAUCUCCCUCUCCCACCUUCGCGACUUUUCGAACGGCUCGCCCAUCUGCCUGGCUAUACCUGGGACCAGUCGACCGAGCCCUUUCACUCCACAUACAACCACUGGCAUAUUAAUGGAUUUCAUCAUGCCGUCGAGAACGAACUUUCCACGCCAUUCGCAACCUCGUCCGGCCCCGCCUCGUCGAGCCCGUCGAGCCUCAACCGCAACUCGCCCCAUAUCGAAUUUCGACCGCGCGUCUUAAACCGCAGAGUUAGUUUGAGCGAAACAAGCAGUGAUUUCUCCUUAUCCAGAGCUGGCGAACAGGAGCAGAUAUGGACCCCGGUGAUCGCGCGUGUCUCUACCAAUGUUAUCCGGCUCGAGCGCGAGUUUCAUAUGUUACGGUCGAUCGUCCAAUCCUCCGAUCCGGAUUGUAACAACACAAUACGGCCAAUAGACCUGAUAAGAUUACCUCCGGAACCUGGUGACCAGGGCACGCUUUUGGUGGCUAUUUUCGAAUCGCCAGGCCAUGAUCACCUCCGUGACCUGGUCACAUUUGGACCCGCAUCAUUUGUCGCAGGGAGUAAAGGCGACGACAACUCGACACCGAACGAGCAAAUCCCUCUCCCCGCGUUCUUCGACUUUGCCAUUGGUGCAUGCGAUUGCUUGGAAAUUCUGCACUAUGGCUUGAAAACGGUCCACGGGGAGAUUCGCGGCGAUGCGUUUCACUUCUCCGCCGACGACGGUGCAGUGAAACUAGCCAAUAUCGGCAAUGGUGCCCGAGCAUUUGACAAUGUUCUCAGUGAAGGCUGGUCUUCCGUUUCACGGGAGCUGGGUGCCAAAUACAAAUUGCAGUUCAUCGCCCCCGAACAGACCGGCAGGAUGCCAACAGAGCCGGACAGCCGGACAGACAUCUAUGCCUUAGGCCUUUUCUUUUGGUCUAUGCUAGUAGGGAAACUGCCUUUCGAAGGCACUGACCCCGUUGAGGUCGUUCAGAAUGUGCUGGGCAAAAAACUGACGCCAGUCUCUUCGAAAAGAAUGGACGUCCCUGAUGCUCUCUCGGCUGUGGUCCAGAAGAUGACGCAGAAAGUUGUCCAUGACCGCUACCACACAAUUUCCUCGGUGAAGCGGGAUUUGACACAGAUUGCACAGUUAUUGGGUGAUGGCGACAUUGAAGCUUUGAAUAAUUUCCAAAUCGCGCAGAGGGAUGUAUCAUCCUUCUUUACCCUCCCUUCUCAAAUGUUUGGUCGACAAAAAGAAUACGACCAAAUCAUGACCGUGGUCGAAAAGGUCAAGAAGCGUCAGACGUCCGCAGCAGCAAAAUCAUCCCUGCAGAAUCCCGGAGCAGCUCACGCUCUUGCUUCAGUUUCUUCGGCUUCGGACGGCCGCGUGGAUAGCUUUGAUCUCGCUUCUGUUUCCAGCGACUCGGGGUCUUUCCAUCUACCCCCAAGGACGAACUCAAACUCCACUAAUUAUCAUAUCGGAUCUGUCAAUACCCAUGAUUCUUCGAGCCAAGACACUCCGAGCCAAACGUCCGUCAUCCCAAUUUCGAGCAAAUUGAAGAGCCCCUCUCAUUCUCGGUCUUCUCAACACACGGAUAACCAGAGCCAUCCUUCUGGUGGGACCGGCAGUUAUCAAUCAAGCAAUGUCUUUAGCCAAGCAGAUUCAUACAACUCUAUGAACAAACAGAAAGCUGGUGCAAAGUUUCGGCGCAGUGGGCGAUGCGAGUUGAUUACGAUCACUGGCCCAGCCGGGAUAGGAAAAACAGAUCUUCUAAACCGGGUGCAACCAAACAUUCGCAAAGCUGGUUAUAUCGCUAUCACUCGCCUGGACAAAGCUAAGCGCGUGCCCUUUGAGCCCUUCGCCAAAAUUGUAGCCAGUCUCCUACGUCAGAUCUUUUCCGAGGGAGAUGUCACGACCGAUUAUCACAACUCCAUCAGGGCGGCUCUACGAUCAAUGUGGCCGACUCUUCACAAGGUGUUGGAGCUUCCCGAGCAGCUGAUGUCACCUGGCGCAAAGUACAAGCCUUCGCCAAAAAUGCCUGGUGCCCAAAUGGCUAAGCAGGAUGUGGUCAAGAGUGGCGAGCCGUCGAAGCGUGUCAAUAUUCCCUGGUUGAACCAAGGCCAAAGCUCGGCCGAUUUCUUUUUGGCAAAUGCUGCUUCCAACAACAUGCGCCUGAUGGAUGUUUUUGUUGAGAUUCUGAAAACUCUUUGUCAGUUCCGGCUCAUCACUAUAUGCCUGGACGAUCUCGAGCAUGCAGAUGAGGAGACGAUGGAACUGGUCCUGAACAUUAUUCGAGUGAAAAUGCCCUGCGUUCUCAUACUGAGUAGUCGUAGGGAUGAGAUACCUUCGGAAAAUAUUCGGUCGUUGUUCGAUAUGGAUGGCUCCAAUGCCACGCGCCUUGAGCUUCAGCCGCUUGGUGAGGAGGAUAUCAUGGAGUUUGUGGCGGCGACAAUGCACCAAGACCCCAAUCCGACGCUGACUCCCCUGAUGGCCGUUAUCCAAGAGAAAAGCCAGGGUAAUCCAUUCUACGUGAGGUUGAUGCUUGAAACAUGUUAUCGCAAGAACUGCAUCUGGUAUUCAUGGAAGGACUCAAAAUGGCAGUUUGACCUUGACCGGAUUUUUUCCGAGUUCGUGGAGCCCGUGUAUGGAGAAGGCCUGGGACUAGGCUUCCUCACCAAGCGGCUUCAGGAGAUCCCAACCGCUGCCCGUUCGAUCCUGGUAUGGGGUGCUCUUCUUGGAAGCCCAUUCUCUUUCUCUCUAGUCCAAAGGCUUCUGACCAGUGAGUUCCUUUUCGCAUCGGACGAUGAUGAAGAAUUGGAUCUCACAUUGCCACAAAAUGAUACGCUGGUCAGGCAAUCUGAAGGGGAUAUUGUCGUUGGGCUACAGUACUUGGUUCAGUCAAAUCUUCUGAACACAGGCAAAACAGACGAUGAGUUCAAGUUCGGCAAUGAUCGCCUUGCGCAAGCUGCACUGAAUUUGAGCGAGAGUCGAAACGUGGAGAAGAUGCAUUUCAUUGUUUCACAAGCCUUGAUGAGAUACUACCAUGACCAUCGCAGCCGCUACUCCAUGGCCCACCAUGUGGCGCUGGCCUCGCGUACGAUCAAGGCCUCUGUUCGUCGACGUGUCGACUACCGACGCAUCCUUUGGGAGGCUGGCCAGACGGCUGCCCAGUCCGGUGCGCGACCAACUGCGCUAUGGUACUUCCGGCAUUGCAUCGCACUUCUUCAAGACAAUCCAUGGGACGAUCACCAUGGCGACGUUUAUUAUGAUGAAACCAUGCGUCUUUACAUUGCUGCGGCCGAAAUGUCAUGGUCUCAAGGCCAAAACGAGGAAGCUCUCACAUUGAUAGAGGCGGUUUUCACCCAUGGCAAAGAUGCGGUGAGCAAGUCGCGAGCCUGGGUCAUCAAAGCCAAGAUAUAUGCCCAAUUGGGAAACCACCACCGCUCAAUGGAAGCCUUGCUUACCUGUCUCGAUGAGCUGGGUGUCCAUCUUCGUACACCAACUACCUUUGAGGACUGUGAUACCGCAUACAUGAAGCUCAAGGCGUAUCUCGAAGCAGCAGAUUGGGAGGCUAUAUCCCAGAAGCCCCCAAGUAAAGAUCCCAAUCUCGUGACCAUUGGAGCCGUUAUGGCGGAGGCGAUGGCCGUCACUUUCUGGGAUGACGCCUUGACCUUCUACCGCAUGGCAAUUGAGAUGAUAAAUAUCCACAUCUUCCGGGGUGGCUUCACGCAGGUUUCGAUCGGCUGCUCUCACCUGGCCAUGAUCUCCCUCAGCCGUUUCAAAGAUGUCGUGUUUGGUGCUAAGCUCAGUGAUUUCUCCCUUUCCCUUCUUGAGAAAUGCCCUGAACUGUGGACGCAGAGUAGAGGAUCCAUCGUUCACAGCCUCUAUGUCAGCCAUCUACGUAUUCCCAUGGUGUCGACAUUACCAGCGCUCGAGGCUUCACUCGAGGCCUCAUUCACGAUGGGCGAUCCGUAUAUCACACUUAUCAGCAUCUCAGCAAUGGCCAUGACGAGACUCUACCUCGGCCAAGACAUGGCCCAACUGGAGUUUUUCUGCAUGGAAACACCCGAGGACAUCCCAAACUGGGCUCAAGACACCCGCGGCGGUGCCAGUAUAAUUGCUGUUCGACAAGUGGCACGAGCCCUCCAAGGCAAGACUGACUACCAUAGUGCCGACGACGUCCUGUCGGAUAAGGAGCACCACACAAGUUCCUACAUGGCGUACCUAGAUGCCAACGCUAGCAAUGCCGACAGACCUCGCGGCAUCUACUAUGGCCUCUCCAUGAUCCCUCUUUUCUUGUAUGGCCACCAGACACGAGCGAUUCAGGUGGGCACUCGAUUGCUUGAGACGGCACACAGACUCUGGUCUGUGCGUGUGUCCUACAUAAUUUAUUUUUAUCUCUCGGUUUCACUCCUGACUCUCCACAACGACAAUCCUUCUCACGGAUACCUCGAAGGAAAAAUGGAUACUCUGCUUCAGUACAAGUUCGAGAUUGACUUUGCUCGAAGUUGCUCCGAUGCAAACUAUGGAAUGUGGGCACUACUACUAGAUGCCCUCAUUUCCGAGGUUCGGAAUGACCACAGCGCUGCAAUCCAAGCAUUCGAGGCUGCCAUUGAUCACUGUCAAAUUCACGGAUGGCCCCUUGAGGAGGCACUUGCCUUGGAGUUGCAGGGUGAGUUCCUGAUCAGGCGUGGGGCAAAGCGGGCUGCUCGUGCAAUGAUGCAAGAUGCCAUCGCUGCAUGGAGCUCUAUCAGCGCCAGUGGAAAAGCAGCAAUGCUUGCAGAGAAGCACGAAUGGCUGCUCAAGACAGCCACGUCAGCCAGAACCAUUGAUGUUGGCUGCCAAACCAUGGACUCUCUCGCUGAAAUUACCCGCGACGCCGUGCAGGAAGAGAUUGUCCUUCCCUCGCAGAUUGAAGAGGAGGAGAGGAGGCAGCAAUGGAUUGAACAGAAUAAUGUCACGGCGGGUGAGAGGUCAAUGGACAUCUCGAGUGUUGGACUUGAUAUCAUCGAUCUGUCCAGUAUACUCGAGUCCAGCCAAGUCAUGUCAUCCGAGCUUCAAAUCGACAAGCUCUUCACAAAGAUGCUGGAGAUUAUCCUGGAGUCAUGUAAUGGCUCCGACUUCGCCGUCAUUGCUACAGACUUUGAGGAGCAUGGGUUUGCAAUCGCCGCAGCCGUUGAUACCGAAAAGGGUCAAAAAUAUUAUGCAGAAGGCCUUUCCUUCUCAGAAAUGGAAGCUCAGAUGGCUCAACAAAUUUCGCAUUAUGUGAUGCGCACGAAAGAGGAGGUUCUUGUUCACAACGUGCUCGAAGAUGAGCGCUUUUCCAACGUGGCGGAAGCCUAUCAGGCCAAUUACCCACUGGGCCGGUCAGUCAUUGCUCUUCCGAUUGUUCAGGCGGAUCAUCUCCUGGGCGUCAUUCACUUGGAAGGCAAACCAAACUGGUUCACUCAGCGGAAUGUGGUCGUUCUGCACCUGCUUUGUAACCAGAUCGGCAUUUCGCUCUCGAACGCGCUGCUCUUCCGUGAGAUCCGCAAGGUCAGCGCCAAGAAUGCGUCGAUGAUCGAGUCGCAGAGACGUGCCCUUGCUCAAGCCCGCGAGUCGGAACAGAAAGCAAAGGUGGCUGAGGCAGAAGCUAAACAUAAUGUGAAGCUGAAGGAAGACGCCGCUAGAGCCAAGUCUAUCUUCCUUGCCAACAUCUCCCACGAUUUGCGUACUCCAAUGAAUGGCGUGAUUGGCCUAUCAGAGCUGCUCAAAGGUACCCGGCUGAACAAAGAGCAAGAUGAAUACGUUGAAUCAAUUCGUGUAUGCGCCGACACGCUACUCACGCUUAUCAAUGACAUUCUUGACUUCUCCAAGUUGGAAGCUGGUAAGAUGAAAAUCUCCACCGUCCCACUCAACCUGAAAGAGACGAUCUCGGAGGUGGUUCGUGCUCUUCGCUAUACCCAUCGUGAACGAGGCUUGAAUACCAUCGAAGAUUUGGAACGCGUCCCACCGGAGCUGGUCGUUCUCGGCGAUCCUGUCCGUCUGCACCAGAUCUUCAUGAAUUUGCUCAGCAACAGCUACAAGUUCACGCCUAAAGGAUCCAUCACCGUCAAAGCCAGGGUUGCUCGUGAGAGCAAAGGUCGCAUACGCCUAGAAUGCUCCGUCGCCGAUACUGGAAUCGGCAUUCCCGACGAGCAAAAAGCACGUCUUUUCCGACCAUUUUCACAGGCAGACCCCUCCACCGAAAGAUCAUACGGUGGCAGUGGGCUGGGAUUGAGUAUUUGCAAGGCCAUCAUCGAGGAUGUUCUUGGGGGUGCAAUCUGGCUCGAAUCGCAGUCUGGCAUUGGCACUACAGUAACCUUCCAUUUGGCCUUCAACAAAGCACCCAAGAAAACAACCGUCAAGACUCCGUGGUCUCAGGACUUGAGCCAGGCAGAACAAGGCAAAGAUGCACCUCGGGCCAAAGCCCGUGAUCUUACCCAAAUCCCUCGCGACCAGAUUCGAGUCUGCAUUGCUGAAGACAAUCCCAUCAAUCAGAAAAUAGCCGUUAAAUUCGUGACCGGGCUCGGCCUCCAGUGCGAGGCAUACAGCGACGGUAGACAAGCAGUCGAAGCCCUCCGCGCAAAGUCCAGAGAAGGCAACCCCUUCCACGUGGUCUUGAUGGACGUGAUGAUGCCCACGCUAGACGGCUACAACGCCACUCGCGAGCUCCGACGAGACCCCGAUCCAAACGUGAACGAAGUCCUCGUCAUUGCCAUGACAGCCAGUGCCAUCGAAGGCGACCGGGAGAAAUGCCUCGAGGCAGGCAUGAACAACUACCUCCCCAAGCCAGUCCGGUCGCCAAUAUUGAGCGAGUUAUUGGAUAAAUACCUCGCGCCGGUGCCUUCGCAUCCGCGCACUCGUCUGGCCAUCCGUGAAAAGGGGUCUAGGGCAAGUCUUGGGCAUGAGGCUGGUACACCGACCGGCUUUUCCUCUUCUGGCUCGGAUGAUACUCAGCGCCCCUUUCCUCGGACGCCAGACGAAAAAUGA